AUGGCUCGAAUGAAUCUUUCAUCGACUAAGAAGUCUUUAGAAGGCAGUUCACUAAGAAGCCCCAAUGUUGCCGAUGUCGUAGAUCACCAUCUCCAUCUGCGGCUUGGAGGAACUUGGCCAGCAUCUCAUGGCUCCGCAUCUGGUUCAGGAAAGAGUUGCAGAUAUCUGAGCCGGCGAGCUCUUGGGCAUGAUGAUGUCUCUACCGAGACUCUGCAUCGGCGUGACCGACGACCGGAACUCCAUCGAAAAGUGGCUGUCCCUCGACCACACCACCGGCUCCCCCACGCUGCAGACUCUGCCGUCCGCUCACACCACCCACAACCUCACCCUCCACCGACUAGUCGACCUCCAGAUAACCGAUCUCCGCCUCCGUCCCCGUCCUCGCCGACGAUUUCGAGCACCAAGUGGCAUACGUCAUCAAUGGCGCAAGAUUUAGUUCCUAUUCCCUCGUGA